AUGUCCACCGAACCACGGCUCAACAACUGCCGAUUGGUGCUUUUUCCAUUACCAUUUCAAGGUCACAUCAACCCCAUGCUUCAAUUAGCAAACAUUCUUAACACAAAAGGCUUCAAGAUUACCAUCAUUCACACCCAUUUCAACUCGCCAAACCAAUCAAACUAUCCACAAUUCACCUUCAAAUCGAUCUCAGACGGCUCGUCUGAAUCAAAAAACAUGAAUUUGAAUCUGGAUACUCCUGAUUCUAUCAUCAACUUCAUGAACAAAAGUUGCAUCAAUCCGUUGAGGGAUUGUUUAGUAACGUUGCAAGAAGAAAAACCAGUCACAUGCUUGAUCUCGGAUGCGCUAUGGCACUUCUCUCAAUCAGUUGCAGACAGUCUUAAUCUCCCAAGAAUCGUUUUACGAACCAGCAGCAUGUCCUGCAUCCUUGUUUACUCAGCCUUGCUUCCUCAUAUAAAAAACUGCUACCUCAAAACCACAAUUGAAGAAGAAGAUCCGAUCCCAGACCUUUCACUGAUCACAGAAAAAGACAUGCUAAAGAUUUUUAACGACGAUCGUAAGGAGGGAGAGCUCGAGUUAAUCUUUAGCAUGAUCAAAACUAUAAAAGCGGCUUCUGGGAUCAUAUGGAACACCUUCAAAGAACUCGAAGAACCUGCAUUUUGUGCCAUAACCCAAAAUUUAUGUAUUCCCAGUUUCCCACUUGGUCCGUUUCAUAAGUAUUUCCCAGCAUCCUCUAGCAGCUUACUAGAACAAGAUCGAAGCGUUAUGUUAUGGUUAGAUCUGCAACCAGUUAGGUCUGUAGUAUAUGUGAGUUUUGGGAGUAUUACUCAAAUGGGUAAAGCCGAGUUCAGCAAUAUGGCUAGGGGGCUUGCAAAGAGUAAGCAACGGUUCCUAUGGGUGGUUCGGCCUGGUUCGGUUUCAGGGUCUGAAUGGCUCCAGUCUUUGCCUAAAGGUUUUAUAGAGGAAGUAGGUGAAAGGGGGUGUAUUGUAAAGUGGGCUCCUCAACAAGAAGUAUUAGCUCAUCCAGCCAUAGGAGGCUUUUGGACCCAUAAUGGAUGGAACUCGACAUUGGAGAGCAUCUGUGAAGGUGUUCCGAUGAUCUGUUCACCUUGUUCUUAUGAUCAACCAAUAAAUGCUAGAUACGUAACAGACGUUUGGAGAGUAGGAGUGAUGUUGGAUAACGGGAAGGAGGAGGAGAUUGGCAGAGUGAUGAAAAGUGUAAUUAUGGAGGAAGAAGGAAGUGAGAUAAGACAGAGAUCUAACUAUCUUCAAGAGAAGGUGAAUCGUUCUAUGGAGAAAGGUGGUUCUGCAUACGAAUCACUGGAGAAUCUAGUUGACUUCAUCGUUUCUCUAUAA